GGAGAGUCACCUGUCAGGUUGGAUCAUCUGCAACACAGACAACUCUGGAUCCAGAAGCUUCACAAUAGGAAGAGCCAGACAGUAGCCACUGGGCAGUGAAAACAGUUAUCUUCCGAAUUAGGAUCAAGUUUGUGUGCAAGGGACAAUAUGAACAUGAAAGAGAUUUUCAUCCUUCUGCUGAAUCUGUAUUUGGUCUUCAGUGUUCAAGACAUUCGAGAGAGUGUUCCUAUGAAAAGCCUGCGCUGCUACAGCGACUACAACUCACAGGUGACUUGCACAUGGAUGGAACACUCAGAGGCUCAUGCCCUCGUUGGUAUGACUCUUUACCAAAGGGAUAAUAUUUUCAUGGAGAACAAGGAGAUGUUCUGCAAACGCCAGAGGGAAAAUGACUUGCAUGAGGCCCCAGACUCCUAUGUGCACUGGGUUUGUCGCAAUUCUACAGACUAUUUUGGAAUAGGAGUAGAUGAUAUUUACAGUUUCAAACCUAAGAAGGUGCUUCAAGCAGAACUGAAAGUUGAUCUUUUUCAAAAUGUUCAGAUCCUCCCGCCUCAAAACCUCUCAGUCAGCUUGAUGAGAUCAGGAGACUUCUUGCUGACUUGGAAAGCACCUGAUGGAAGCCAAGGGCUGAGUGAUGCCCUGGACUAUGAAGUCACUUACAAGAGGGACUGGGAGCCCUGGGAGAAAGCUGCCUCACUCUUGCUCUCCAACACCACACGUUGCCAUCUCAGCCACAAGGACCUUGUCCCGGGGAGCAGCUACGUUGCCCGGGUGCGAGCCAGACCGGGUCAGGCCAGUGGCUUCUCUGGGCAGUACAGCGAGUGGAGCAUGGAGGUGUCCUGGGAGACCCCAGAAGGUGGCCUUCAGCCCAGGAACCUUCGCUGCCUGUUCAACGGUGUGAAUGGCCUGAUGUGCAGCUGGGAAGUGAAGAAAGUGAUUGUCACUUCUGUCCUCUUUGGCUUGUUCUUCAGGGCCACUCCAGCAUCAGAAGAAGAGGAGUGCACUCCUGUGCAUGAGAAGGUUUUGCCCCACAUCCCAUAUGUGGUCCAGAGCUGUGAGAUCCCUGUGAGGAAUCAGAGCCAGUACCAUGUGUCUGUCCGGGCCAAAACAGAGGAGAAACUAAUUGAAGCCUACAAGAACAUUAAGGUGCUGCCACCUGCAAACGUGUCAGUAACAAGGACACAGGAACAAGAAUACGAACUGAGGUGGAUAAAACACACUUUGAGAUAUAAGUUCAUAACACAAAGAUACCAAGUUGAGUACUGGAAAAACAACCAAUACGAAAAGACUCUCCAGAAGUUAAAUAUCAGCAAUGAUGAACCUCCCUUCAUCUUCACCCUGCAGAUGCUGGCAGCAUCUACAGAAUAUAGGGGGAAAAUGCGUGCAAGGGUGAAUACACAACUAGAUUAUGAAGGGCCUUGGAGUGAAUGGAGUGAGGAGUUCACUUGGAAGACUGAGAAUGUUCUCCCACCUGUGGUUCUCCCAGUGAUGCUCCCAGCUCUCAUCGUCACGUUGCUAAUAAUUGCUUACUUCACCUACAAGUAUUACCUCAGGAAGAAGCAACUGUGGGAGGAAAAGAUUCCGAACCCCAGCAAGAGUCUCCUGAUCCAGAGCUACCUGGGGAAAGUACACUUAGGGACCCGGCCAACAAGCAGCCAGCUCGACUUCAACAAAUACAACCUUUCAGAGAAGAUGGAGCAGGCUAGCUUCCUCCAAGUUGUGGACAGGCAGACAAAGACUUUGGCAGUCCUUGAAGGGCAAGCUAAGAAGACCGAUGUUUCUACUGUUGUGCUGAACCUACAAAACCCAUACCGUGCUUUGAAUGAGCCAGAUCACACCCCAGAUGUCUGCUCAAGUCGGAUUGAUGGUCAUUCCUUGCCUGUUUCAAAGAGAAGAAGUCUUGAUGCAAGUAUUGCUUCCCAGACAGCAAUCCAUUGUUUUGAUUUCAAUGGUCCAUACUUGUACAACCCAGUGAUGUCCUCCCAGCCUGAUAUGCAUCAGAGCCUGGCACUGGAUCCAGUGAGAGUCCGUGAGAAAUCAGUUUCCCUUCAGUACGUGACCCUCCCAAAAGAAGACUGUCCCCAGGCUCCUCAGAGGCAAAAAAAGCCAGGAGCAGGUCCUCCAGAACCCCUUCUGCUCCCAAAUCAGAAAGAAGUGAUGCAGCAUCUCGACAAUGAGAAAGGAGUCUCACCAGUCCCACCAGCCUGUGGGAAGGGCAGGAACAUGAGAACAGAAGAGCAGAAACCUCCAGAGGCUCUUAGCUGUGUCACGUCUCCUCAGCAGCACCCCUUGGAGUACAUCACCACAGAGAGCCUGUUGCUGCCAUCAGCCAGUGACUCCAUCCAUCCACCUCUUGUCACUGCUGGGGAGUUACCUGGUGUCUCACAGGAGCCCCAGCCCCCCAGUGACCACUCUUGCCAUGAGUUUUCUCCUGGGAAAACUUGUGUCACAGUCCCAGUUUCAGGCCAAGCACCAACUUCUCCUGAAUCGCACCUGGAGGCAUUUGGAGACUAUCUUUCUGUCCCUUUAAAUCUCCAUGAACAUUCAGAACCCACAACAAUUUCUUUGCCUGUCUUACAGAAGGGAAACGAUCUUCCUAGAAAGCAGCCUCUGCCAGAGGGUAACUUGGUGGUGUUGAACCCUGACAGCACUGAGCCAGUUUUCCUUUGCCAGGUUGGUGACUAUUGCUUCCACAGCCUAAAAUCCAGUGUGAAGAUGGAUAUUAGUCAGGAAGACCACCAAGCCAAGAAACCUUUUGAAGGCAAGGCAAUGUCUGGGAAGCCUGUAUCUGAUGAUGAGUCUAUCACUGACAAGGAAAAGGAUGUAUCAAAAAUGCAGGCUAUUCAACUUUACAAAAACCUGAAAUCAGAUGAUUACUUUUCCUGGCAGCAGUCUUUGAGGAUCACAGAAAUCUGUUAAAUGGGCAAAUAUGAAUGAAUACUGAAGAUACAGGUAACUGAAAGAGGUUGCAACUAUCUGAUGAAAAUCAAUUUUCCCACCUCAGAACAUCCUUUUCCAGCUUCCAGACCAACAUGUCGAAAGACUUGAAGUAGCUCAAUAUCCUUCUCAAUGGCCUUCACAGAUUUGGCAUGAAAGACAAUCCAAAUACUGCCCUUUGGUGGUUUUCGAACUUCUCGGCUUAUCCACAAUGAACAGUUUAGCCUCCUCAUGAUCCCCUGACAGACCACAGUCAUCUUGCAAUAAUACCAGGUUGCCUGAGGAAAACUCAUGGUGGGAAAUGCAGAAUCAACAGCAUGAGAUGUUAUCAGAAGACAGGCUUGGAGACCUUGUAAGGAAAACUUAUAUUCCUAAGAGCAAUUUUGUUGAACUUUUAUGUGCUUGUAAAAUAGAUCUAAAAUUCACCAAGGAGCUUUCAUAUCUCUACUGUUCCACUACUGGCAUGAAAUUGGUACUGUCUAAGGUGAAAAAGUCCCAGCUAGUAACAGAAGGGUAAAGAAAAUUGAGAAAGAAAUGUUAAGGUGCAAUGUAUCACUGUGUAUUCUAAGAGUAAGAAGGAGACAUGGGAUACAUCAAGUAGGCUGUAGAGAACCCUGGGGAAGAAGAAACAUUACUGAAAGGAAACCCAAGGACUUGAGAGGUGCAGUAAGAGGAAGGGAAUGGAACAGGUAACAGAAAAUGACAGGCAAGAAAUGCUGUGAAGGUGCACAUGUCUGUAUCUGCUGGGGUUUUUUUUGUUUCUAAGUGUUAGAGAGCUAUAUGGAUUUCUUUUAAGUUCAUUGGCUGUUUAUACAUGAUGUAAUUACUCUUAACUAUGUAAUUUAUUCUUGGGGUUUUUUCUGAGUAAUAGGCUGUAUUGAGAAAGAGAAGCCAUUUUUUUUUCUCAGUUCUGCUGUAAAGAAAAUGGUGCAAGGUGAGAACGUGUUCAGAGCUGCCACUCUGUGGUCAGUGAAAGGCUUUGGUUUCAGACCUGAAGGUGGGCUUGCAGUCCAAAAAAGCAUGUUUCUAUUUUCAAAUAUUAAAUUCGUACUAAUAAAAAAAUAUUAUUUCUUCUUAUAAA